AUGAUUGUUCGGCAGCUCUGUCUGCGGCAGGCCCGCAAUGCCUCGUUCCUCGUCCAAACACCUCGAAGACUCGCCCGGUUUUCGUCGACCGACACGACCACACAGACCUUGGAUGCAACACUAGAAGCGCUGUCGCAGGAUGAAAGACAAUUAUUCAAGCAAGCUUUUGAAGAGACGACAGGAUCCGGGGUAACGCCAGCUCCAGAGUCGGCCCCUGCCACGUCCGGCUCUGCCGCACCUAACGCCAAAUCUUUUUUUGCAGAAAAGGCACACAAUAGAGCAUCACGAAACAUAGGAACGAAAAUAUCGCAACCCCACAAAGUCGACAGUAUCCUCCGUAACCCACCCAAACCGUCCGACAUCACGCUCGAGUUGCUUCUCACCGCACAAUCACACCUUGGCCACGCCACGUCACGCUGGAACCCGCAAAACUCGCGGUACAUCUUUGGUAUCCGCGAUGGCAUCCACAUCAUCUCGCUCGACGUCACAGCGGCAUAUCUGCGCCGUGCCGCCAAGGUGGUCGAGGAGGUAGCCCGCUGCGGCGGUCUCAUUCUGUUUGUCGGCACUCGCCCCGGCCAAAAGAGAGCCAUCGUCAGAGCUGCCCAGUUGGCCAAGGGGUAUCACAUCUUUGAGCGCUGGAUCCCGGGGAGUCUGACCAACAGUCAGCAGAUCUUGGGUGGCUGUGCCGUCAAGGCCGUCAACGCGCUGGACAAGGAACUGCCCGAGUAUACCAAGAAUAUUGCCCUCGAGACCGCUGUGAAGCCAGACUUGGUUAUCUGUUUCAACCCGGUUGAGAAUGAGGUUUUGUUGCACGAGUGUGGACUAAAUAAUAUUCCUACUAUUGGUGUCAUUGAUACGGAUGCCGAUCCGACUAGGGUUACUUAUCCUAUCCCUGCAAACGAUGACAGUCUCGCCUGCUUGGAGGUUAUUUCCGGUGUCCUCGGCCGGGCUGGUGAAGAAGGCCAGCGCCGCAGACUACAGGAGGCUUCUCGUGGAGCGUUGACGUACGUUCCAGUUCCACUGAACAAGUUUAAAAGGGACGAAAUUGCAGGCUCGUCUAAGACGUGA